AUGAACACUCCAAUGAAUCAAAAAGAGAAGCUUAUCAAGGAGGAUAGAACAUAUAAAGUUGAUGAAGCUUAUUUUAGAAGCUUGAUUGGGUGUCUAAUGUAUCUUACAUCCACAAGGCCUGACAUCUUAUUCCCAGUUAGCUUGCUGUCAAGAUUUAUGCACUGUGCUAGUGAAUUGCACUUGAAGGCAGCAAAGAGAGUUGUAAGAUACAUCAAAGGAACUGUUAAUUAUGGAGUUAAGUACCACAAGGUACAAAACUUUAAAUUAUUUGGUUUUUCUGGCAGUGAUUGGGCUGGUAGCUUGGAUGAUAUGAAGAGUACUUCAGGGUACUGUUUUAGUAUGGGUUCAGGUGUUUUCUCUUGGUGCUCCAAGAAGCAAGAGGUUGUAGCUCAAUCAACAGCAGAAGCUGAGUUUAUUUCAGCUAUAGCAGCUGUGAAUCAAGUUAUUUGGUUGAGGAAUAUUUUAACAGAUUUGG